AUGAACGCCAAAACCCCUCAACCUCCCGUCCAAACCGACGACGAAGCUCUCUUCUCAACCGACCUCAUCUCCCCCGAAAUCGCAGCCAUCCUCCCAGAAUCAUACACCAUCCGACCAAUGCGCAAAUCAGAUUACUCACGGGGCUUCCUCGACUGUCUGCGAGUCCUCACCACCGUCGGAGAUAUAAGUGAAGCCGCCUGGAACGAGCGCUACGAAUGGAUGAACACGCAAGGGAAAGGCGGAUACUAUCUACUGGUAAUCGACGACGGAGCCCGCGUCGUUGGCACAGGGGCGUUGAUCGUGGAGAGGAAAUUCAUCCACAACCUCGGACUCGUCGGUCACAUCGAAGACAUCGCCGUCGCAAAAGACCAGCAAGGCAAGAAACUCGGGCUGAAAAUCAUCCAAGCGCUGGAUUUCAUCGCCGAGAAAGUGGGGUGUUAUAAGAGUAUUCUGGAUUGUAGCGAGGCGAAUGAGGGGUUCUAUGUUAAAUGUGGGUUUAAGAGGGCCGGGUUGGAGAUGGCGCAUUAUUAUGAGCAGCCGAAAAAAUCGAUUUUGUAG